UGCAACCGAUUCCGUCGCGGUUCACCUUUCUCCAACUCCGACAGGCGCCGCCAGCGGUUCCAACUCCGGUCAGGAUGAGGGUGAAGAGGCGGUCUAGGCACCGCAAGGCGGUCAGGUUCUACUCCACCUGCUUCGGCUUCCGCCAGCCGUACAAGAUCCUCAUCGACGGCACCUUCGUCCACCACCUUCUCACCCAACGCCUUCUCCCCGCCGACGAUGCCCUACGCGACCUCCUCUCCGCCUCCAGGACGCCGGCCCUCUUCACCUCCAAGUGCGUCCUCGCCGAGCUUAGGCGGCUCGGCAAGUCACAUGCAGACGACUUCGACGCCGCGCAGCUGCUCGCCACGACCAAGUGUGAGCAUGACAAGGUGGUCAGUGCAGUGAACUGUGUCCUGUCACUCAUAGGUGAUAAGAAUCAUGAUCGCUUCUUCGUUGCCACCCAGGAUGCUGAUCUCCGGGAAAAGUUACGAGAGAUUCCGGUGGUUCCUGUAAUAUAUGGUCUGAGGAACUCCUUAUUUAUAGAGAAACCCUCUGUGCAGCAACGCAAGUUUGCUCAAUUGGAUGAAGAGAAGCGUCUCAAUAUGGAUAUAUCUGAAUAUAAGAAGUUACUAAAGGUUGCAUCAGAAGGAAAGACAGCAGCCAAUGAAAAUGGAAGUGACGGAGAACAACAAGCGAGGCCUAUCAGUUCUCUUGUGAAAAAUGCACUUGGUGUUGCUGAGAAAAGCAAGUUUAAAAGGAACAGAGCAAAGGGUCCAAACCCACUCUCCUGCAAGAAAAAGAAGCCAAAGCCCCAAUCCUCAGGUGUCCAAAAUCAGGGGGGUAAGGCUGAUGGCGAGUCGAAGGGAAAGAGGUUUCGGAAGCGGAAAAGAAGCCAGAAAAAUAACAAGCAAGCGGAGACAGCUAGCUAG